AAUUUUGGUUUUAUAUUAGGAAUUUCAAUAGUAAUACAAGUUUUAAGAGGAUUUUUAUUAUCUUUGUAUUACAAUGAUUCUGUAAAUUAUGCUUUUUAUUCUGUUACUUAUUUAAUACUAGAAGUAGAAAAUGGUUAUGAGUUUCGUUUUAUUCAUUCAAGAGGAGCUAGUUUAUUAUUUUUUUUAAUUUUUAUUCAUAUAGGACGUGGGAUUUGAUAUAAGUCUUAUUAUAUGUUGGAAGUUUGAGAGUCUGGGGUUGUUAUUUUUUUAAUUUUAAUAAUAGUAUCAUUUUUGGGGUAUGUUUUACCUUGAGGUCAAAUAUCUUUUUGAGCAGCAACUGUUAUUACUAAUUUGUUGUAUGUAAUUCCUUAUGUAGGGGGAGAUAUUUUAGAGUGAGUGUGAGGAGGUUUUAGAGUAGGGGCUCCUACUUUAUCUCGUUUUUUUAUUUUACAUUAUAUUUUUCCUUUUGUUAUUUUAGUAUUAAGAUUAGUGCAUUUAAUUUUUCUUCAUAUUAAUGGAAGAAGUAAUUCAUUAGGUGUUACGUCAAUAAAUGAUAAAGUUGAAUUUCAUUGAUUUUAUUUAUUAAAAGAUUUAGUUUCUUUUUUAAUUUUAAUAUUAUUUUUUAGAUUGUUAUUGUUAUUAUUACCUUUUAUGUUUAUAGAUUCUGAAAAUUUUUUAUUUGUGGAUAUUAUAAAAACACCUGAGCAUAUUAAACCUGAAUGGUAUUUUUUAUUUGCUUAUUGUAUUUUACGUAGGGUUCCUAAUAAGUUAGGGGGAGUAAUUGGAUUAGUUACAAGAAUUAUUAUUCUUAUAUUAUUACCUCUUAUGACUAAAAAUUAUUAUAAAUUUAAUGAUUUAUUAGGAAAUUAUAUUGUUGUAUUUCAUUUUGUAGUUUUUUUUAUAUUAACUUGA